AUGUUUCCAAGAGUCUCCGCGAUCAUACCUCUUCGCCUCCUCUCCCCCUUCCCUUUAUGCCCUGGAGGCUCAGAGGCACCGGCGGCUGCGAUUGUGCGACUCGGUGCUCCGCACGGAACGGUCAGGUACCGCAUUUCGGCGCUGUGGGCCCCGACAAAAAAUGAGGUCCACCGAUAUUUUGGCACGAACAACGUGAUCUGUAACAAGAAAGAUGAGCAGUCUGCUCCAACACGUGAUAUUUCCAAGGAAACGGAGACCCAAGAGAGUGUGAAGGAGAACACAAAAAAAGACUUGUUAGGUAUUAUUAAGGGCAUGCGAGUUGAAUUAAGCACAGCCAAAGUACAAACAACAAGGCCACCCAAUAGAAGACAACUUAAGAGUAUAGAGGCUACAACUGGCAGGCUUCACAAAGUUCCGGAAGAUGCCCCAAAAAAGAGAACCAAGUCCCUGAGUCCUGAGUUGGUAGCAGCCGCAGCUGCUGUUGCAGAUGUUCUCCCGUUCGAUAAGCAGAUGACCAAGUCAGAGCUGCUCAGGCAGCUCCAGCAGCACGAGGAAGUCUCAAAGGCACAGAAGGAUGGAGAAAGAGCUAAAAUUAGUGUCAGUAACAUAAUAUCAGAUAUGAAAAUUGCCAAAUCUUCCACAGCUAGAGUUAGUACAAGACCAGUGCAUCAAAUUCAGUUUGAUGAAGGAUCUAACGAUUACGUGGGCCAGAAGAAGACCAAUGAUCUUAAAAAAAGGAAAAAUAUACUCAAGGGGAAGAGACUUAAUAUUUUUGACCUUAAGGCCGUUACUGAAGAGGCACCCAAAACAGAGACAGCACCUUCACUUUGGGAUGUGGAAUUUGCUAAGCAGUUAGCUGAGGUAAAUGAACAGCCCCUUCAGAAUGGUUUUGAAGAGAUGAUCCAGUGGACCAAAGAGGGGAAACUGUGGGAGUUUCCGAUUAACAACGAAGCAGGUUUUGAUGAUGAUGGUUCAGAAUUUCAUGAACAUGUAUUUCUGGAUAAAUAUCUGGAAGAUUUUCCAAAACAAGGACCAAUUCGCCACUUCAUGGAGCUGGUGACCUGUGGCCUUUCCAAAAAUCCAUACCUGAGUGUUAAACAGAAGGUUGAACAUAUAGAGUGGUUUAGAAAUUAUUUUAAUGAAAAACAAGACAUUCUAAAAGAAAGUGGCAUACACUUCAAUUGA